AUGACUUUAGAAUAUGGCCCACAACCAUUAAAGCCAUUGAAUACUGAAACAAGACAUGGAUUUGAAGAACAAUAUAAUAGUGAACAAUUUUUACAAUCCUUAGCUAAUGAAUUUCAAUUUUAUUUUGAUGAUAAAAGACAUAAAACAAACGGGAAUCCUAUACCAGAUGAAGUAAAAUUGAAAGAUGAAGAUUUAUAUUAUCAGCCAAUACCAGAUUGGAAAAUCGUUAAAGAUAGGCAAAAGACUGUGAGUGCAGCAUUGUUAUUAUGUUUAAAUUUGGGUGUAGAUCCUCCAGAUGUUAUUAAACCUCAUCCUUGUGCUAGAAUAGAAGCAGGUGUAGAUCCUUUAAAUUUCCAAGAUUCUAAAAAGGCUAUUGAACAGAUUGGUAAAAUGCUACAAAAUCAAUAUGAAACUUUAUCCUUAAGAACUAGAUAUAAGCAAAGUUUAGAUCCAUGUGUGGAAGAUGUGAAAAGAUUCUGUACAUCUUUAAGAAGAACCUCUAAAGAUGAUAGAAUACUAUUUCAUUAUAAUGGGCAUGGUGUACCACAACCAACUCCAUCAGGUGAAAUUUGGGUGUUUAAUAGAGGUUAUACACAAUAUAUACCAAUUUCAUUAUACGAUCUACAAACAUGGAUAGGAGCACCAUCAAUAUUUGUCUGGGAUUGUAGUAGUGCGGGAAAUAUCUUAAACAAUUUUAAAAAGUUUGUUCAAAAAAGAAUUAAAGAUGAAGAUGAUGGAAAUUAUGAUAAUGCAUCACCUUCUCCAGCAAUUGCUUUUAAAGAAUGUUUCCAAUUAGCAUCUUGUAGAGAAGGUGAAUUGUUAUUGAUGAGUCCAGAGCUUCCUGCUGAUUUAUUCACUUGUUGUCUUACAUGCCCAAUUGAUAUUAGUGUAAAAGUUUUUUUAUUACAAUCACCCUUGAAAGAUACAAAAUAUAAGAUAUUAUUCGAAAAUAUGAAUUCUAGACAUGAAUCAUCCAAAAAUUCAGCACCAGAAGGUUCAUUCCGUUCAAGCAUACCUAACGUAAAAAUUCCAGGGGUUCUUUCAGAUCGUCGAUCACCUUUAGGUGAACUAAAUUGGAUCUUUACAGCUAUUACAGAUACCAUUGCCUGGUGUUCCUUACCAAGAAAUAUAUUCAAGAAACUAUUCCGUCAUGAUUUAAUGGUAGCAGCCUUGUUCAGAAAUUUUCUUCUGGCAAAAAGGAUUAUGCCAUGGUAUAAUUGUCGCCCAAUAUCAGACCCAGAACUUCCAGAUAUUAUUGCAAAUCAUCCGCUCUGGACUGCGUGGGAUGUUGCUAUUGACGAAGUCUUAAGUAAAUUGGUUGAAGAUCUAAAAAAGGAAAAUAUGAAUGAAAAUUUAGAGAACACUAUUGCCUUGCAACAGCAAGAUAGCAUCCAAGGGUUCUCAUCUAAAGGUAUUAAUCAUUCUCAGACGCCUCAACAACAAACAGAUAUAAAAGGAGGGAAUAUACACUCACAAUCGAGGUUUGCUGUGGGUAAUCUAAGUACAAUGUCCUUGGCGAACUAUUCCUCUGCCAUGCCUAGAAAGAGUCAGAGUUCGCCACUGAUAACUCAGCCGACUCCUCAACAACAGUAUACUGGUUUCUUUGAACAAAAUUUAACCGCAUUUGAAUUGUGGUUGAAAUACUCAUCGAAUAGUAGAAAGCCUCCUGAACAACUUCCAAUUGUUCUUCAAGUGUUAUUAUCACAAGUUCAUAGAAUAAGAGCAUUAGUACUAUUAUCAAGGUUUCUUGAUUUAGGACCAUGGGCAGUAUACUUGUCUUUAUCAAUUGGAAUAUUUCCGUACGUACUGAAAUUGCUUCAAAGUCCGGCACCUGAAUUAAAACCUAUUUUAGUAUUUAUCUGGGCCAGAAUUAUGUCUAUUGACUAUGCUAAUAUACAAUCGGAGUUAUUAAAAGAAAAGGGAUAUGCGUAUUUUAUUAGCAUUCUUGUACCAGAGUGGGGGUUGGGUGGAUCAAAUAAUUUAGGAAGAAAUAACGGAUCCUCUUUGUCAUUAAAUAGUGGCACGAUGAUUAAUACCCCAAGAAAUAAAUAUGCAUCCCCUAUAGCUGCAAACAGUUCAUCACCACACAUUCCUGGUUUGUAUCACUCGAAUGAUACCACGGACGAGCAAAAGGCAAUGGCUGUAUUUAUACUUUCUGCUUUUAUAAGAGAUUUUCCAUCAGGUCAGAAACAAUGUUUUAAUCUUGACUUAGUAAACAGGCUACGGUACUAUAUUGAAAACUCAGAAGUACCUUUGUUAAGGCAAUGGUCGGUAAUAUUGCUUGGGCAACUUUGCUAUCAGCACCCUCUAUUUAAAUAUAUUAGUCUAGACCUUGGUGUCUUCAACACCCUUCACCAUAGUUUAGAUGACCCAGUUCCCGAAGUCAGGACUGCUGCAUUGUUUGCCAUUCAGUGUAGUAUAAUAGGUUUUGAUGAACCUGAAAUUGUGGUUCAAUUGAAACAAGAAUUUGAUCAACAAUAUUACCAUUUCCAUAAUCAAUUGCAACAGCUUCAAAAUGCACAAGGCCAGCAAUCACCUCAAAUGGAACAACAGCAAAAUAAACUAGAACAAAGGUUAAAUUCUAUUCAUUUUUUGAACUCUCAACUGGAAAAUAUCGAUUUUGGUAGAUUAAGAAAACAAGAGAUGUCACACGUUGUAAAAGUUUUGAGUUUAGUAAAUGAUGCCUCACCUUUGGUUAGAAAACAACUACUGGUAUAUUUUUCUCAUAUUUUGCAUCGUUAUUAUAAUCUAUUUCAAGUAGUCGCUUUUGAUAGUCUAAUUGGUGAAUUGGCUCAGUUGGAAGGCAAUGAUAUAGCUCGGCAAAACAUUGAACACAAUUCUGCCAGUCAUGGGUCUGUCUUUAGCGCAGUAUGGAAGUCAAUUUUGAUUCUUGCAAGUGAUGGUAUGGAGGAAAUUAGAAAGCUUGCUUAUACAUUAAUUGAUAAUGUUUUAUCUAGACUGGGAACUCAUCCGGAAUUAAAAGCACCAUUUGCGAAAAUGGUAAAUUAUUUAAUUCAAAGAAGAUCUGCUAAAAGUAGUAUGACCGGAAAGCCUGUUUUCAAUAUGGGCCAGGUUCAUGUUGUCUCAGGUUCAGAUCAGAAAAACAAAAACCCAAGGGUUUCAGAUAAUCCAGUAGAAGGUUUAGAGGAUAAAUCUAAUGGUUAUUACUCAUCCUUGAAUCGUCUAUUCCAAAGCCUUGGCAUUAGUGAAACUUCCUAUGAAUCUAAAAGGGAAGACUACCAUUUUGGAGCUUCUGAAGCCCCUGGAGAAAUACCAUCGUCUAGAAACAGUCCUUUUCCUACUAUUAAUCAAAAUAAUAGGAUGCUCAACAAUAAGAUCCCAUUCAAAAGCACAUUUUUAGAUUAUUGUUUUGAAUAUUUCCAAGAGCCACAAAUGAGAAGGUCAGAAGCAGAAGAGCCUGGAAGUGUUGAAUAUACUGCACGUGUUUGGAGACGUAAUAGAAAUGAAGAAAUUAUUCAAGAAACUCAACAUGAGAAACUAUUGGCCAUAUCUGGUGACUGGUCAGAACAACGUUGUACCUUAGAUAACAAAACACAGCCAAAAUUGAUCAAAUUUUCGCAAUUCGAAAAUUAUUUAAUUACUGCAGAUGAAAGAGAUAACAUCACGGUGUUUGAUUGGGAAUCAUCCCAGAUAUGUUCCAAGUUUUCGAAUGGUAAUCCAUAUGGUACAAAAAUCACUAGUUUACAAUUAAUUAAUGAAGAUGACAAUGCUUUAUUGUUAACUGGUUCCUCCAAUGGUAUUGUAAAGGUGUUUAAAAAUAUGCACGAUUCUGAAGAUGUUGAAGUUAUCAAUUCUUGGAGAGCAUUGACUGAUAUGCUAUUAACACCUCGUUCCAGUGGGCUAUUAUUAGAAUGGCAACAAAUGAAGGGGUAUCUGUUAGCAACAGGUGAUGUUAAAGUUAUCAGAAUAUGGGAUGCCCACACUGAAUCUAUGGAGGUUGAUAUACCUGCAAAAACGUCAUCGUUAAUUACUUCUAUUACUUCUGAUCAGUUGUCAGGAAAUAUUUUUGUUUGUGGAUUUACUGAUGGUUCUUUAAGAGUCUAUGAUAGGCGUGUGGAUGUUAGAGAUGCUAUGGUCCGUGUUUGGAGAGGCAAUGGAGGAAGACAAGGCUCAUCUAUUACAAAUGUACAUUUACAGAGAGGUGGCUAUAGAGAAUUGGUAAGUGGUUCUUCUAACGGUGUUGUAGAACUAUGGGAUAUUCGUUCAGAAGCUCCUGUAACUACUUUUAGGGAUGAAUACAACCAAAAUUUGCUAUCUGAUGCCCCCGUAAAAAAACAAGUUCCAACCACCCUAACUUGUCUACAAGUGCAUGAACAUGCACCAGUCAUUGCUACGGGUACAAAGCAAGUUAAAAUCUGGACCACUUCUGGUGAUAUUCUAUCAUCAUUUAAGAAUAUCCCAAAAAGUGGUUAUUAUAAUGGCACCAAUACAUUCAGUACCAAUGGUAUUAGAUCAGGUCUAAGCGGUUUGUCAUCCACAUAUGGUGCUUCUGGUAACUCUAACAGUUCUUUUCUUUCUUCAUUAGCAUUUCAUCCUCAUCGUAUGAUGAUAGCCGCUACCAGCUCCCACAAUUCUUGUAUUAAUAUAUUUGCAUGUGGAAAUAAAAAAUAUUAUGAUUACGAUUUCUAG